UACCUCCGUUCCGAUACAUUAUAUCACUGUUUCCACUUUUCCUGUAGACAUCCAGGAAACCAGCCGUUGUCUGUCGCUGCUGACCGGCCACAGUGCGUCUCCCCUCUCAACACACUAACGUUAUACCGGCAGCUAGCAGCCUAAUGUGGUUACCAUGAAUGACGGAACCUUCCUGGUUAAAAGACUUUGUUAGCACCAUGAGUGCGUUGGAGGUGAAAUUCAUCGGUGAUGGGGAUGUUCUGGAGCACAUCGUGGACAAACAGGAGGGUGUGCAGAGUCACGGCGGGUCUGUCCAGAGGAUGGUAACGUUUAAGAGCCCGGGCGCACGGCGGGCCAGAGGGGAUGCCGGAGAGGAUGGGGAUGAGAAUGGGGUCUUUGACGAGCGGAACUACAUCCGAGCUCUAGGAACAGACAAUACGGAAGAGGACGAGGAGGGUAUGUCCAGAGUGGCUGGAUCCUCCAUUUUCACUUUUCAGAAAGUUAAACGCGGCCACAGCAUGGCCCAGACUGCAAGUGAGUUGGCACGGACUCCCGGGAAAAGCGUGACCUUCAGCAAGAUCCCAGACGUUGAACCCUCCACUCCCACCCGAACCGGCCGUAACCACAGAGGUGAAAGCAGAACACCACCGAGACGCAAGAAGGUCCAGUUUGUCUCCACAACACCCCACAGGCUCAGGAAGAGAAUGACAACUCCGAGCCUUCGGUCAGACAGCGACAGUGAGCUGUCGCCCUCAGACUCUGGGGAGGAGGAAGAGGAGGAGGAUGAUGGGAUGGAGGAAGAGCAGGAAGUAAAAAAAGAGGACAAGGCGAACUUGAAGACUCCAAGAACACCUAGUAAAGGUUUAUCUGCAGCUCUCUACAAGACACCUGCCAAGAAGAGCAAGAGCACUUCUGAACCUCUCAACCAGCCAAGCAUGGUUGAGGAGUAUUUCGAGGCCCACGGCAGUUCAAAAGUCUUGACAUCAGACCGCACCCUUGAGCGUUUACACACCCCUAAACUCGACAGGGAGACAUUGUUGCGGCUUUUAGAGGGAAAGCCAUCUUGCUACUCAAAAGAGAUCCAGCAGCUCCACAGCAAACACCGAAAGCACUUCAGCAAAUGGAUGUUACAGUUACAGUUGGGCUUCAGUGUGCUGGUCUACGGGUUAGGCAGCAAAAAAGCUCUGCUGGAGGACUUCCGUGUGUCUCACUUGGCUCAAGAAAUCCAUCUUGUGGUUAAUGGAUUCUUCCCUUCCAUAACUCUUAAAUCAAUCUUAAAUGCGAUGACAUGUGAGGUCCUAGAGCACCAGGGAAGUUUCCGAACACCCACAGACCAGAUCCAGUUCAUCACUCAGACCCUUAAAGACAGCCCAGAUCUCCGUGUGUACCUGCUAAUCCAUAAUAUCGAUGGACCGAUGCUGCGAGGAGAGAAGGUCCAGAGUGCACUGGGGCAGCUGGCAUCUCUCCCCAACCUGCACUUAGUGGCUUCUUUAGACCACAUCAACGCUCCAUUGGUGUGGGACCAGUUUAAGCAGAGUCAGUUUAACUGGCUGUGGUGGGAGUGUGUGACGUUCCAGCACUACGCAGAGGAGACGUCGUAUGAAAACUCUCUCCUGGUGCAGCAGACUGGUGCGCUCGCUCUGUCCUCCCUCACACACGUGCUCCGCAGCUUGACACCCAAUGCAAGAGGAAUUUUCAAACUGCUGGUGAAAUUUCAGCUGGAAAACAAAGACAAUCCUUCAUAUACAGGAUUGUCAUUCCAAGAUUUCUACCAGCGUUGUCGAGAGGCAUUCUUGGUAAACUCUGAUCUCACACUGAGGACUCAGCUGACUGAGUUCAGAGACCAUAAACUGAUACGGACACGCAAGGGUGCAGAUGGAGUGGAGUACCUGAUCGUUGCUGUGGACGCGAGCACGUUGAUGGAUUUCUUGGAGAACGAGGAGGGUGAAUGAAAAGAGGAUGCUUUACAUUUAUGUUAAAUAACGUUCAUGAACUGACUCUCCCAGCAGAGGGAUUUUGGUUGAAUUAGCUUUUGACGUAGCGACUGAGUUACAUCUGAUAUGAGACAUGUACCCAGCUUACAAGCUCCGCACAGUUUAAAUUGAUGGUUUACUUCAAAUUACUGAUGAAAUGUUUUCAGUUGCCCCUUUGUAGCACUGUGAUAUUCACACUCUGUGUCUGAAUGUAUACAUGUUUCCGGCUAACAUCUGUGUAAAUAAAUUCAACAUUGAAAGUUA